AUGCAAGCAGCUAUUGCCAUGGAGAAACCAACAAGAAAGAGAGGUAGACCUCCAAUUACAAAAGAAUACCCAAAUCCUUUACAAAGUCCAAUGGCUCAUUCUUCAAUGCAAGUGCAAAAACAAGGUCUAACUGGUCAAAAUUUUUCAAAACCACUAAUGAAAGUUGGUCAAAUGACACCUUCACCAAAGAAAAGAAGAUCAGGCAGUACUACUGGUAGUAGUGUCAAUCAUAUAGCCUCUGGAGGUUGCUCAAGGAAAGGUAGAUACAGAGGUGUUAUUUUAUCAACUCCACCAAAAAAAUCUAUAUCAACCCCAUCAAGUAUCAAUAUUAACAAUAGUAUACUUUCAAAAAGUGAAAUGUCUCCAUUACCAACUCCUUCUUCAAUCAAUGAUACUAUCUUCUCUUCAAAUUCAAAAUUAAAUUUCUUGCGGUCUUCUCCUCCAAUGCCUUCAUCCCCAUUUAAUUCUAUCAAACAUGGAUUACAAUUAGAGAAACCAAUUGCCAAAAGCACAGUUUCACCAUUACAGAAUUUUAGAUUUAGCUUGAAUAUUAACGAAAAUGGUAGAGCAACAAUUGCUAGACCAGGAGAAACUAUACAGAUUGAAGGUAUUCCAAAUAUUUCCUCAGAUGAAUUGAAUAGUUCCACUUUAAACUUUCCAUUGGAAUCCCCAUCUUUGAAUUGCAAAUCUGAGAAUGAUAAAUUAAUCAAAAACAAUGAUAAUGUUCAGUUAGAGAAAAAUUAUGUCAUCUCAAUGUUAAGACAGAUGAGAACUGAUAUAAAUAAAGGUAAAUCUAAUAAUCUUGAAAAUACAUUAGAAGAGGAGAGAAAAGUUGUUAACGAAUUGGAAUCAAAAUUAGAAGAUUCAAUCGCCAAUGAUAAAAAUAAUAAGAAGUUGCCAAUAAUCGUCAAAACUUCUCCUACACAUGAUGAAGAUUUAAAAGAUGAUGACAGAAACGCCAAAUUUAACACGGAUUCCUUAAAACACCAUCCUAACACAAAUUCUUUGUUACCACCAUCUACUCCAAAGACAACUUUUCAUCUAACAACAGGUUUCACUCCAAUUGCUAUUGAUCAAAUUUUAUUAGAUGAAACAAUAAUUGCCACUCCAAGAAGAAUUUUAGGUGCUUCGUUUGAUUCAAAUAAUGAAAAUAAUUUUGCGUUGUCACCAAAAUCAAAAUUACUACCAAAAUCAGGUCAAACAAUUCUAUCACAUUCACAUCAACAGGAAUUUGUAUUUAAACUUUCAAGUGGUGAUCCAUUAUUACUUACUGAUCAUGCCGAAGUAAGCUGGAAUGAUAACAUCAACACUGCAUCUUUAACUACAUCUCCAAGAAGACAGUUGUGUUUCAAUACUCCGCCAUCAUGGGUCAACUUUGGUUCCCCAAAGGCUUUCAGUCCGCAAAGACUUGAUACAAAUGCUGUAUUAAUAUCCAAUGGGCAGUCAUUAGGUGUAACCCAACCUGAACUUUCACCAUCUAAAAAAUCAAGUAUAGCGAAUUUUCCCAUGAUUAAUAUCAAUUCAUCACCGCCAAGAAUAGCUUCUGCUUCCUCAUUAUCACAUAUCGAACUUCUUUCAUCCACAGUAAAGAGAAGAAGAAGUUCUUUAUCAGUUCUGUCCACUUUGGCUGCAAGUAAUCUAAAUCUUCUAUCAAGUCCUGGAAAUAAUAUUUCAGCAAAAGCUCUGAUAGAACCUACAACUCCAAAAAAUGCCCAGGAAUUCCAAUCCUCAGUAAUUGAAUGCACUCCAUUAAUUCAACAAACCAUGAAUGGAUCAUUAACCGCCAAAUUUAUUCCAGGUACUAUCCCGGCUGAUAAUAACAACAACGAUAUCAGAAGCAACAUCAACAGUGACGUCGUUAAUAAUAAUAGUAUUAAUAACAAUAAUAACGGCAAUAAUAGUAAUCAUAGAAAUAGUAAUAGUAAUAAUAACAACCAACCUACGGUAGGAACAAUCAACGAAUCAUCAACAGUUUCAUCGUCUUUAGAACAAGAUGAUGCAAGAACUGCAUUGAAAAGAUUGAUGAGUGAGCGUUAA